UUGUGCAACCAUAGAUACUAUUUUUAUCGUGCUCAAAACCAUAGAACAUAAUGUUCUACGUCUAUGGUCUAUCUUCUAUGUCACAACUGGUAUUCACAAACAAUAAUCACAAAAAUACCAAACAGCUGAGCAUGAAUGAUAAUACUUUAUCAACAUAAAGUAUUCCGUAUUCAUUUUUAGUUCUUAGUUUCUUACAUUUAACUUUUUACCAAUGUUGAUGAAUGAUGAUCGAUAUUUAAGACGAUAUACUUACAUUUUUAUUUAAUUUCCUCGAAUUUGGACUUAAAUAUUAAUUGAUAAUAGAUUUUAAUAAUUUGAAAUUUCUUAUAUUGAAGUAGGUAUUCAAUGAAUUAAAAUGAGUGGUAGUUCAUUUGAUUAUAAUUCACUUUCGUUCGGACGAAUAGCAUCAAUACCAGACAAAUCAGACGUUUUGGAAUGCCGAGUAUGUGAAGAUAUUUUCACUCUCCAAGGAGAUAAAGUUCCGCGUUUACUCUAUUGUGGACAUACCAUUUGUCAUUCAUGUUUGUUACGUUUGUACCAACGAUGUUCUUCAGUUCAAUGUCCGUUCGACCGGCAAGCAACUCCUAUAGGACCCUCAGGAGUUUGGGGUUUAAAAAAGAAUUUUGCAUUAUUAGAACUGCUUGAACGUUUACAAAGAAGCAAUAAAGCAGAAAUUAAUAUUAACUCAUAUUUAAAUUCAGAAGCGAUGGAAAAAGAAGAACAAUUGCAUAUAAUUUGUGAUGAAAAUGAAAACCAUAUAGCUGUUCUUUAUUGCACUGUAUGCUGUACGAACUUAUGUUUUUAUUGUUCUGAACAAACUCACAGUACACGGACAUUAGCUAAACAUCGCCGUGUUCCUAUAUCAGAAAAGCCACAAGAAAGACCUCGAUGUCCAUUACAUCCAUCUCAUGUGGCCGAGUUUACUUGCUUGCAAGAUAGUUGCCAUCAACCAUCACCUCCUUUAAUGUGUUUUGUGUGUAAAGAUUAUGGGACACAUAAAAAUCAUAAGCAUACAUUAGUAGAAACUGAAGCAGAAACUAUACGAUCAAAAGUGAAAAGUGCUGGGCCUUUGAUGCGGAAUUUAAUGGAAGAAAUGAAUGACACCAUUCAAAGAUUAGAUCAAGUAAUGCUACGUUUAGAAGGUUUGGAUUCAAAUGGCUCAGUUGAUGAAGAAAGUAAUCCUGGUACAUGCUCUUUAGCUCGUGCUAGAGUCCAGUUGUAUUUCCAACAUCUACGCGAAACAUUACAAGUACAAGAAGCGGCUGCCUUAAGUGCUGUUGAUACACAUGUAAGAGAAAGAUUAGGCUCACUGAGAAGCUUGCAAGAAGACUUAGCAUCAUCAUUAUCACAAGUGGCUGUCAUAUGUGUGCAAUGUGAGCAGGCUGUUCGGCAGGAUGAUUUCCGUGUUAUAUCUGCCAGUGCAGACAUUAAUCAAGCACUAAAUGUUAUUGAAAAACAUAAACAGAUGUUUACUGAACUUGGUCCAGAACAAUUACAACCGGAUCCUAGUAUACCUAUAACUUUUACAAAAGAUAAUAGGGUGCAUAUUGGACCAAAAAUGGAAAUUCGUGUUGUCACUCUAGGAUUGGAUGGAGCCGGAAAAACUAGUGUACUUUUCAAAUUGAAACAAAAUGAAUUUAUGACUAUGAUUCCCACCCUUGGAUUUAAUGUAGAAACAGUUGACUAUAAAAACAUGAAGUUUACAAUAUGGGAUGUCGGUGGGCAACCUAAAUUGAGACCAUUGUGGAAGCAUUACUAUCUCAAUACACAGGCGGUUGUUUUCGUGAUUGAUUCCAGUGACCAACAGAGACUAUUGGAAUCAUCUAACGAAUUAUCUAAGCUGAUGACAGAAAAAGAAUUGAAAGAUGCUGCAUUAUUAAUUUUAGCAAACAAACAAGACAUUCAUGGAUGUGUUACAAUUGAAACCAUUACUGAAUUAUUUGGCUUGUAUAAAUUGUGCUGUGGACGUAGUUGGCAUAUACAAGCUUGUGACGCACAGAGUGGUGCUGGUCUUCAUGAUGGACUUGAUUGGCUUGCUAGACAACUGGUUGCUUCUGGUGUCCAUGAUCUCAACUAAUAAUAUGAUAUUUAAAAACAUAUUUCCGAAAUAAUAUGGUUUGCUUUAAAUAACAUACAUCAACUAUUUAUUCUCCUUAGUUUUUAAUACAAGUAUUUAUAUUAUAUCUGAAAAUAUGUUUUACUUUUUGUUGA